AAGCGUUAAUAACGGAAACGGUUUGCGUGUGAGUGCGCAUGCUCCGUAACAGCGAGUCUAGUUGCCAACGUAACGAGGAAGAUGGCGGGUGUUUAUCGAAGUGGAGUGAUGCUGGCGAACAAGAAGAAGACGACCAAGCCUGCCGCAUUUGAUCGGAAAAUCCCAGUCAACCCAAAAUACAAACACGUCAAACCAACGGUGGACACUGGAGCAAGUCUUUCGAAAUACUUGGCAAAAAUUGAAGAAAUUCGGAAAAAUUACCGAUAUAAGAAAGAUGAAUUGUUCAAGAGGAUGAAGUGGACCACAUUUGUCCAGCUGGUUCUACAAAUUGCUGAGUUUAACAAAUCAAAAGAACAGAAGAUUGAUCUGGUGGAAGAGGUUGAUAUAGACAUAUCUACUCGUCCUUACACUGCUGACACAGCUGACCUUGAAGUCCAGAAGAUCCAGGACUCAAGUCCAUCCGCAUCACAAGCAUCCACAGAUGAAGAAUUCACAGACCCUGCAAGCGCCACAGACCAGGUCAAUUCCGCAGACAGCGGCCUCUACACUUCUCGCUCGACACUACAGGAUGUUAUCCAAGGUGUUGGUGAAAUUGACCAGCUGACCACACCCUGCUUAGAGAAGGAGCUAGUGGUGGCUAAGGAGGAUGAGAACAGUUGCUGCCCUUAUUUACUACUGGACGUCCGAGACAAAGAUGAAUUUGACCAAUGUCACAUCAUAACCGCCCAUAACUACCCAUCUGCCAUGUUGUCCAGAACUACCAACAGUGAAACUAAAGAGAUGUUGUCAUAUAAAAACAAACCAGGCCGACUUAUACUGCUUUACGACUACGAUGAAAAUAUUUGUCCCCGUGUCGCCUCUACAAUUGCCGAAAGGGGUUUUGAUAAUUUAUUUCUACUUUCUGGAGGUUUAAAAGUUGCCGAGAAGCUGUUUCCUCAGGGUUUGAUUGUCGGUCACAUCACACCAGAACCACACAACAGACAGAGGAUAGGGAGUCCAUUGGUUGCUAACCAGACGGAGUUUUGCAGCAAGGACUUGGAAGAACUUGCCAUAUUCUUAGGCAAAGCUUUACAAGACAAAAGUGUUGGCAAUCGACUCUCCAAGUCAGUUCUAUCCUCCCGAUGUGCCAGCAACAGUUCCUUCCAUUCGUCUCACUACGCACAGCAGCCACCACCGACGCCGUCAUCAGUGUCCUUAUCCUCAGCAUCCAGCAGACGUCCGUUCAGGACUUAAAAAGUCAGUAGUUGUCUCCCCCUUUUCGGUUU